AUGAAGACCACCCUGAUCGUCUCCAUGGCUGCCGGACUGGCCGCGGCCCAGUCCGUCGGCAACGUCCCUGACCCGUUGCUCGCGGCGGCGGCGGCGCCUCGAUCGCCAACGUUUGUCUCAGUCACUGACCGCUUCAUCGUCAUGCAGCGAGACUGCGUCGGAAAAGUGAUUGGCUCCGUCGCUGGCUGCAAGUCUUCCGACAUCGGGUGCUUCUGCAAGGACAAGGCUUUCAUCAACAACAUCGUUUGCUGCAUCGCCAAGACCAACGAUUGCAACGCGGCCCAGUUGAAUGAGACGCUCAAAUACGCCGACUCGCUGUGCAGCCCCCAGGGCGUCACACUUCCCACCACCGUGCCCACGUGCAGCACAGCAGCACCCACCCCUACCCCCUCGCCGAGCUCCAACUCCACGUCCGGCUCUACGGGCUCAUCGUCGUCAUCGACCGCCGGUGCCGCCGGUGCCGGCAGCGUGGGAGGCUUCGCGGGUGCCGUCUUGGCCAUGCUCGCCGCUCUGUAA